AUGGCUUCUACUUCAGCUGUUGGUAAUUUGAAAGAAGAAUUAAAUUGUUCAAUUUGCUGGAAUAUUUACACAGAACCAGUUUCAUUGUCCUGCGGGCACAAUUUUUGUCGUAGUUGCAUUGAAAAGAACUGGGACAAAAAGGAUACAGGGCUUGGUUACUCAUGUCCAGAGUGUCGAGCUGAGUAUGCUCAAAAGCCUGUGUUACACAAAAAUUUGAAAUUGAGUAACAUAAUAGAGCGCUUUGAAGCUACACAGAUGAAUGAAGAGCCACCAAAAAUCUUCUGCGAUUUCUGUCUGGACAAUCCCCUCCCUGCAGUGAAAACAUGCAUGAAUUGUGAGGCAUCUUUAUGUGAACAUCACUUGAGAAAACACUCUGAGAAGACAGCUCAGAAAAAUCAUCUGUUGAUUGAACCUGCAAGUUCACUAGAAGACAGAAAAUGUUCAGACCAUGAGAAACUCAUUGAAUAUUACUGCUUGGAUGAUCACUCCUGCAUCUGUGUGACAUGUUAUGUUGCUGGUCCGCAUAAGAAUCAUGACAUACGCAUUCUAAAAGACAUACACAAUGAGACAAAGGCUAGCCUUUCUGAAAAACUGGAGAAGCUGCAGAAUUGCCGAGCAACUUUAGAGGAAGCUACAAAGGAAUUGCAAGGAACAGAAAUGAACCUAAAGAAAGACAGUGCUGUUUUGAGAAAACAGAUUUCUGACUUGUUUCAAGAAAUUAGGAUGCUGUUGACCAAACAAGAAAAGCAAAUUUUAGACACGGUUAUAACAGAGAAAAAUAUAAAUCUUUCAAAAGUCCUAAAGAAAAUACAAGAAUUAGAAAUUAAAAGAGAAGUUAUUACUCACCUCAUUCAGGAAGUCCAAGACCUGAAAAAUCAAAAAGAUCCAUUGUUCUUUAUUAAGGAUUUCAAAUCUACUUACGAAAGGAUUUCGAACAACAACACUGAAGUAGAAAAAUUGAAGGUGUCCUGGAAGAAACUUGACGAAAACACAAUAUCAACCAUCAAACAGGAGACUAAACGCAUCUUUGAGAUGUUAAAUACAAUCAUUUUUGACCACCCUGUUCAGUCAAAUGACGAAGUGGUGGAAGAAAGGUUUAUGGUGGAAGAUGAGAAUGAGGAGGACAAUUUGCCUGAUACAAUGCUCCGCAAGGCUGAAGUCCCUAUUUUAAUAUCUCCUGGUGACUUUUCCUCAAUGCUUGGUUAA